AUGGCUACCACACACCCGCCGACUACUCUCCAGGUAGCGGAGCAACUUGCCGAUGGCUUCAUCGCCCUUAGUGGGGAAUACCAGCUGCUGGCCGACCAGCACCGCGAGCUAGAGAGCAAACUGUUAUGGGCAAAGCAGCAGUAUCUCGACCUUCUGAAAAGAUUUUCGCCCACCACUGCAGCGGCAGAGCAUCGUGCUUUCCUCCAGGACCUCGAGCAGCCUGCAUCGGUUCCUCUCGUCCCACGACCCGACUGGCUAGCCCAGCUCUCCACACAUGACGACGGCGAGAGACGGACUCGCGCAUACAUUAUCCGACAGGCAAGCAUAUCAGCAGAACAGAUACGCGCGAACUCUGAUGACGAGGUGGGCGUGAAGAUUUGGAACGGUCCGUCCGCCGACCGGGAGUCGGCUUCAGUUUCUGCACCUAGCAGGUCGCACAUGGACUCGACUCUUGGCCUUGAACGAGACUUCACUAUCCCAGGGACUCCAAGCAGGCUUGGCUGUCCAUUUGCCGCCACGCCUAGCGGCAGGAGAGUUUCGACAAGCGGUCGGCAAAGCCCGCUAGGUGGGAGUCCUCUAGCUACUCCCCGAAGUUCCAUGUCGAUGUCACGAAUUAUGCAACACGGCCGAAGGUCGAAACGACCCUCGUUCCAUGAUCCUAUCCGGGCUGAAAUAUGUGGUAUUGACAGCCACGUCGAUCCCGUCUCUGGCGCCGAAUCUGUCGCCUCAGGAUCCGCACCCGUCUGCCCUAUCCGCUUCCUAGACCAACACUCGCCUGAAGAGGUGGCCAAGUACUUUGAGAACCACAAGCACGAAAUUCCUCGUAGUCAUGAGGUCUGCGUCAAGCGCUUCCAGUCCAAUACAGAGAGUAUCAAACAGCUGGACGCCAAGUACGGCAAUCUCGUCAGCAUGAUCCAGGGCCUCGGCGUAAAGCACCAGCCCUGGCUACCGAAAGAGCCUGAAGAGGAUGAGGAUGAGGCCAUCGAACGACAGUCGGGGGAUCGAGUUGAGAAGUGGGCCAAAGCCGUCAGCGAAAGUCUGCACGAUGAGGACGAAGCCAUCGCGGACACACAUGUUGAUGAAGUAAACAUUCCUGACGACAUGGACCGCACGCCACAUUUCGACCGGCCUCUGAAGGAAAUCCGUGUCGGCGAGUCUCCAAGUCGUCCCUGGGGUAUCUCGGUUCCCUCAAAGUACCACCGCAACAAGGCAGACAGCGUUGCGUCAUCGGAGAGAGACAAGUCCGCAACAGCUUCCCCGCUCUCUCAACCCAAGUUCAACAUGGGCAUGGCAUCGGAAAUGCCGGCGGACAUGCCUGCAAAGCCGUCUGGUGGCGGCUGUCCGUUUGACCAUACCAGGAUGACGAUGGGAGUACCGCAGACACCUCAUGUUGCACCUCCUGAAACACCACAUCCGCAGAUAUUGCCAGAACAGCCGCAACAGCAAGACCCUUUUGUGCCACCCCCGACUUCUCCGGCACCGGAAUCAUCCGAAGCAAACAAACCCACGCCACAGCCACAGGUAAUAUUCAACGGACCUGUCUUCAUCGGGUACGCACCGGAGCAGAUCAUGGCGUUCUUGGCACAGGGCGGCGGUCUUGGAAAUGGGAUUGGGAAAACAUGA